AAGGGAAUUGAUUAUAUAAAUUUUAUUGGAGAGUUUGGGAAGAAGUUACAAAAGGUGAUUGAAUCACGUGACAGCAAAAUGUCGACGAUAGACGUGGAAGACGAAAAUAUUUUGACAUCUAUAUUCAAAGAUGCCUUUUCAGAAAAUUGGCAGGAGAACCCUGAUUUUGUUAAAUAUCUGGUUGAAUUGAGUUCUUUUGGAGUUGAUACAUUGGCCAGAGAACCAGAUAGAUUAGCUGAAGAAAGAGCCCAGAUUCUAGAAGAAACCAGGAACUUAGCUUUUCAUAAUUACACAACUUUUAUACAAACAGCUGAUUGUUCUAAAGAAAUAUUUGAAGAUUUUCAGAUUAUCGAAGGUCAUCUAGAUUCUCUGUUGACUAAAUUACCGAAUUUCUCACAAGAAUGUGAUAAAGUUAUCAAAAAAACACAAGAAAUAAGUUCCAGUCGUCGUAUGAAUACGUUGACUCUACAGAGACACACCCAACUAUUAGAAAUAUUAGAGAUGCCUCAGUUAAUGGAUACAUGUGUUAGAAAUGGAUAUUACGAGGAAGCCUUGGAACUUACUGCUCAUGUUAAAAGAUUGGAGAAGAAACAUGCUAAUAUUCCUGUUAUUAUGAAUAUAGUGAAUGAAGUAAGAAACUCGACUCAGUUAAUGUUAAAUCAGUUAAUACAACAAUUACGUACCAAUAUACAACUACCAGCAUGUUUACGUGUAAUAGGUUAUCUAAGACGUAUGGAUGUUUUCACAGAAGCUGAAUUACGAAUUAAAUUUCUUCAGGCUAGAGAUAGCUGGUUACAGAACAUACUAGAAGCUAUUCCUAAAGAUGAUCCUUAUAAUCAUAUAACUAAGACUAUAGAGGCAAGUCGAGUUCAUCUAUUUGAUGUUAUAACACAGUAUAGAGCUAUAUUCUCCGAUGAUGAUCCACUACUUACAACUAGACAAGAUACAACUGUUAAUGAAACAGCUCUAUUCCAUGGCUGGGUUGUACAAAAGGUUUCCCAGUUUUUAUCAACAUUAGAAAAUGAUCUACAGCGAGGUAUUGGGGGUCGGUUAGACUCCUUGUUAGGUCAGUGUAUGUAUUUUGGGCUGUCUUUUAGUCGAGUUGGUGCUGACUUUAGGGGUUUGUUAGCUCCCAUCUUUCAGAAUGCUGCACUCUCUUAUUUUCAAGCUGCCCUCCAAGAUGCAAAUAAAAAGUUUGAAGAGAAUAUGCAGUCCUAUAAUUUAUUGGGUAUAUCUUCUACUGGUAGUAAUAUAGCUUAUGGUACCCAGACAGGUCAGUUAUAUCCUCCGACUGUGUUAUUAGAUUUCUAUCCACUAGCUGCAUACUGUAAUCACAUUCUGAUAGCCUUCAAUGAAUUACGACUCUGUGCUCCGAUAAAUCUAGCUUGUAAUGUGGCUGAAUCUCUACAGCGAUCUUUAUUACAGAUAAAUCGUGUUGUACUCGCAUUUAACAGAGCUGAAGAAACAACCUUUAAUAUUGAAGAAAAGGAACAAUUUGGUCAGUUCUGUGCUACGUAUGUGGUAGAUUUAUUACCUUACAUCAACAAAUGUUUACAGGCUUUAUUCCCAACAUCACAAUUAUCUCAAGUUCUUGGUCUACCAAUAUCUGAUCUCAUCAAAGAAGGUAAAAUAUGCCAAGUGGAGAUAACUCCAAUAGUAAAACAAGUUCAACAUUUAAUGCCAGUUAAACAGGAAAUAAAACAACCUACACCACAGUUGAGUCCCGAGACGAAUAAAACCCCAAUUCAAAUUGAAACAAACACUUCCUUAACAACAACGGUUGCUGGGUCAACUAGUUCUGACAUGGCGACUGAACCAGGAAAAGUUGAACCAGAAGUCCAGUCAAAUAAAUCAAGUAACCAAUCACCAAACACUAACCCAGAUGUAAACCAAUUUGAUACUCAGAAAUUAAUUGCUGACGAAGUCAAAAUUGUUACAUCAGCAGAAAGUUUUGAAACUGUCCAAUCACCUCAAAGUGAUUUAUUUACUUCAGAUGUGCCGACAACUACAGGAAGUAACUCUGUUUCAUUGCCGGUGGUUACGGAAACAUCCCCCUCAUUGUCUAGCACUGUGUCUGCUCCACUUAAUAUAGAUUUAAAUGUGGCAUCCAAUCUGGCCAGCAAUGUUUUACACGAUUUACAGAGCACUGUGCCUUCUUCCCUUGACAUAGAUUUAAAUAUGGCCUCCAAUCUGGUUGGCAAUGUUGUACAAGAUCUCCCGACUAUUUCUAAAGACAUUCAACAAAAUGUAGAAGAAACAGUUAAGAAACAAGACUAAAACUGUUAUAUUUGUGGGUAUUUAUAAUUUGGAACUUACUUCAAGAAUAUAACAAUGUAAACCUUUGUAAAACAUCCAUGGUUAUACUUAAACAGUAGCAUUCCCAGGCCCAACUCCUUGGUUACAUACCCCAAGUAUAGGGCCUCGUACUCUAUGGGCGGCUGAAUGGUUUACAUGUGCAUCUUGGAUCAGUAGAAAUGUCAUUGAGUCAGGUCAUGUGGACUUGAUUCUCCACUUUUACAUGACAAGGAGUAGGGUCAUCUGUCCAACCUUGUGGGUUUUCCCCGGGUCCUCCGGUUUCCUGCAAGUACGGGUUUUAGCAGUGGGAGGAAACCCACGAGGUUGGACAAGCAACCAUACUCCCUUGUCACAUACAAGUAGGGAAUUGAUGGUGUAAACAGAGGUUUAUAUCUGUAAUGACUAUGAAGUAAUUGAUGGUGUAAAUAAAACGGUUUAUAUAUUAUAUCUGUAAUGAUAGAACUUGUUAUAUAAAUAUAUUUAUCUUGUUUCC